AAGAGAAACAAGUAGGAAACGGGAUCAUGAGGCGCCGUUGGAAAGGCGUAACCCAGACCAUCAACAACACACCCGCACCCCGCGCCUCCUUUCUCGCCCAAGCCUCGUCUGGUGUGUGUGGCGCCGCGACCAACCGAGACUUUAUCCGCUGCAUCCUCCGCCAUGGGUCGUGUCCGUACGAAGACCGUCAAGAAGGCGGCUCGGGUGAUCAUUGAGAAAUAUUACACUCGCCUGGGCAGUGACUUCCACACCAACAAGCGCAUCUGUGAGGAGAUCGCCAUCAUCCCCUCCAAGCCCCUCCGCAACAAGAUCGCUGGGUUCGUAACUCAUCUCAUGAAGAGGAUCCAGCGUGGGCCAGUGCGAGGCAUUUCCAUCAAGCUUCAGGAGGAGGAGCGUGAGCGUCGCGAUAACUAUGUGCCCGAGGUGUCCGCCUUGGAGCAGGGCAUCAUCGAGGUGGACGCUGAUACCAAGGAGAUGUUGAAGAUGAUGGACUUCGAUAAGGUUGCCGGCCUGCAGGUGACCCAGCCCAUCCCAUCCACAUAUGGAGGAAGGAGAUAAACAGUUAGAAAUAAACAUCCUUGAAGUGUA